AUGGCCCAUACAAUUUGUUUCCCCUGGCCAGAAGACUCAGAACAAUUUCCAGGCUCACUACAUGUACAUGUACUUGGCAUCAAUGAACCUUAUAAUGACAACUUUGAUCGGUACUGGAGUGCGAUGGACGCAAGUGACCCUGACUUCCCUCUUCAGAGAGCCAUUGGACAGGACUUAAGGCCUACAUCACCAUCAUCUGGGUUUUCCGCAUCUGUGUCCUUAGCAGGCACAGACGAUAAAUCACGUAUCGAGGAACUGAUUAACUGUGUAACGGAUAUGCGAGAAGAUGCUAAACAUUAUCGGGACCUGAAAAAGCAAGAGAUUCGGAACAGAGAUACCCCUCCGGACCCUUCCCUGAUGGGAACCACCAGGGACCCAUAG